GUUCUGGGCUUUUCACUGUACGGCUGCGGCCGGUCCUGAAGCCCGCGCUGUCCCCAGCCCAGCCCAGCCCGGGCGCGUCUGCUGCAGCUAACGUUAUCCUCACCCUUCUCACGCCCGCUCCGAUCCGGGCUUUGCUGGCGCGUGCUUGCUCCUGGAGCCGGAAUCCUGGGACACCGACUCCUCUUCAUGGACCCCGCUCCAGCCUCCUCCAGCUUCCAUUCGGACUCGGAUUUCUGCCCCGAAUGCGGCUCGAUUUUGCCUCUUCCAGGAAUUUUGGACACAGUAACUUGCCCCAGGUGUGGCUUCUCCAUAGACGUGCGGGAGUUCGAGGGGAAGGUGGUGGAGACCUCGGUCGAGUUCCACAAAUUGGGAGCAGCUUUGAUGGUGUCAGAGGAAGACGGGCCCGAGUUCCAGGGACCAGUGAUUGACAGGCGCUGUUCCAACUGUGGUCAUGAGGGAAUGGCUUAUCACACCCGGCAGAUGCGCUCAGCUGAUGAAGGACAGACUGUCUUCUAUACCUGUACUAACUGCCGGUUCCAAGAGAAAGAAGACUCUUGAUCUCUAGCUACCCUAUUGGACUCGGUCCCUUCUAUUUGCAAGAGUCUUGCUGCAGUGGCUCGUGAUACAGAAGUGACCUGGGUUCUUGAAGGCUGUGAAGUACAACUUCGGUUGUACUUUGGAUAAUCCUCAACUUCAUAGACCAUUACUCACAACCAUACUACGUCACUGAAGAGUACUGCAAUUAAGAGGAUGGGCCUUUGUUUCUUCGGGGGGUCUAUUAAAAGAACUAUGCAAUUUCCCAAA